CAUAUACCAGAUAUCGCCAUCUCCGCUGCCCUCAACUUCUCUAUUCCUCCAGCACCGACAAGUUCCACUCGCUCACUCGUGCUCAAAUCGAAAGCAAGACCCGGAUCUCACAGAGUCGUCACCUUGAUCCUGCACACCCUUAAAUCCUACCCACAGAUGAUGCUCCGCGACGGCACGUUACCGCCAUAUAUUCACCCACACCUAGUGUCAUCUGAUUUCAACGGCAACGAUAUGGAGUCGCUAAGCAAUUGCAUUAGCUUGGUCCACAUGAUAAGUCACAAGGUUCGAGGUAGUCGCAAGCUCUUCUGGAAGAAUGUGCGUUCAGAGUGCGAGCGGAUGAGCACUGAGCCUGCCAGAUUCAGCAACUGGGAGCUUCUUGCAGCGAUGCAUGCUCUGAGUGUAUACAUCCUUAUCCGCAUCAGUGAAGGCGUGACCGACGAUAACAAUCUCGAUCAGCUACUUCUUUUAACAAUGACUGUAAGGACUUGUCCUGGCAACCAGGACCGAUUGAUAUGCGAUGCUACUUUUACUCCCUUGGCCCACUCCUGUGACACCCGUGCUUGCUGGCUAGAGUGGGUGUACAUGGAGUCCCGACGGCGUCUUGGUAUCGUCUUCCGAGUAAUCAAUCUGAUUGUAUACUUCGAUCCCGGCACAAUGUGCUCACUGCAGUCGGAUCUCCUUCUCGCCCCGCUGCCGGCAAAGAGAGCUUUGUGGAAUGCCCCAAACGAGUUUGCAUGGUACGUCCCGAAAGCUGAACGGGACAAGCAAUCCUUGCCGCGCAGUGCAUUCGGAUUAGCUACAAGCGGUGAGCUGGUGAGGUUAGAUGAGAUGGACUUGUACGGUGGCUACGGAACAAUCACCACAGAGAAGGACCACACAACCUCAGAUCAAAAUUGGGAAGAGUGGUGCUCUGGGAUGGAUUCAUUCGGUGGGUUGGUUAUGCUCACUGCUUCUCUG